CAGGUUCUGGAGAAAUCGAUCGCCACAGCGUGUAUCAUUGACCAAAGGCCCCACUUCAAUAUGGCCAUAGGAGAAUUGUCCUGAUGUCUUCAUUAUACAGUCUUUGGGAAUAUUAUCUGAUGUAGUUAUGACUGUAAAGCAUUUCUUGGUGGAGUACAACAAGGUUAAUGAACGAGGAACCUUCUUUCCUGGGGAUAUUCUCUCUGGAAAAGUGACGGUGGUGACCAGCAAGGAAAUCAAAGUGCAGUGUCUUUUGGUCAAAGCCAAAGGAAAAGCUAAGGUGACGUGGUAUGAACAAGAAGGACAAGCCGUGGUAGUUCAGAGCGACAAGAAGAAAUAUUUUUAUUUUCAACAUAUUAUUCUUCAGGACAAAAACAAAGGGGAUGGUUCCGAAAUCAUCCGCCCUGGGAGAAAUGUGUAUCCAUUCACCUUUGUGAUUCCCAAUAUAGAUAUGCCUUCAUCUUAUGAGGGGAAAUGGGGCAAGAUUACAUACAGUCUGCGAGCACAGCUAACUCGGUCAAUAUGGCUUGUUCACAAAACAAAGACCAAGUUCCCUUUCCUGACCAAGUCUGAGUUUCCUUUUGCCUCCAAAUCAGAAAUGAUAAUCAUCGGACUUAAGGAACAACAGUGUGCGACCAGGAUUUCAUUUUAUGGCCCUGGAAAGGUCACUAUGAAUGUUACCUCUGAAAAAAUGGGAGUGAAACAAGGCGAGGCAAUGGGAGUCUCUGUGGAAAUACUCAACAACUCUGCACGCACGGUAGCACCCAAAUUCUACCUGUGUGAGAAGCAGACCUUUGUUAACCAGACAAAGAGGAUAGUUCACACAAAUGACAUCCUCUUCGGGACAGGAGACCCUGUUCCAGCUGAGACCAGUCAGACUGUCACCAAGGUUCUGAGUAUCCCUCCAUAUCUCCCACCUACCUUCUUCAACUGCAGCCUGAUGAAGAACGAAUACAUGCUCAAGGUCACUCUUGAUGGCACACUGGCCAGAGACCCAGAGAUCAGACUUCCUCUGGUCAUCCUGUCAGGUUCACCGAAACCACAUCAACAAAAACCGAGGAGAUCUAUUUGGUUUAGACAGCUUCCUGGUUAAAAGGACGUGUUAGAUCAAGAGAUAGUGUUAUGGAUACUGUAUGUAUAAAGUGACAACACAGAAUAACUUUCUUCAACAUAGUAUGUUGUUUCUUGUGGUAAUUUAAACUACCUCAAGUGUUUGACAGUUUGUUAAUUGAAUAUCCUGAUGUCCACUAGAUGGAGAUAUGAGUCACUAAGUAGCUUACCAGUAACAGUUGACUGGUUGUACUGUAGCGUGGGUGCUUAAAUCCAAAUACUCACAGCCUUAAUUUAAGUUAAAAAACAUUAUGUAAAAGUACUCCAGGCCCUGCAUUUAAAAUCUUACUUAAAUAAAAGUACAUAUGUCCCAUCAACCCAUUUAUUAGUUAUUUCCACUUAUCCUUGACAGUCACAGGGGGACCCAGGUGGGAAGAGGCAGUAUACAUCUUCUAUCACAGGGCUGACAAACAGAGAUGCUCACAUUCCCACUGACGGGGAAUUUAGAGUCAAGUGCAAAAGAAUUAUCAGCUACAGACAUGUGUUGCCCAGCCAGCGGUUCUUAAGUGAAACCAGGCCCAGAGACUCAGAGAUCCUUCCCUGUCCAGGAGGGGAAACGUGUUGAGAGUGAGCCGAGAAUUUUACGGUUGGGAUCCAUCCUGGAAAUAUUAGAUCUAGCUAUCGUGACACGACAUAUACCCACCUACCCUGAGAGAGAGAGAAAGAGAGAGAGAGGUGUUUGGUUGUGACUCAACAAAUUUGAAAGUGUGAUUCAACGAUGUUCUACCAUCAGCAUUAAUAAUAUAAAAGCACAGAGUGACAAACAAUGGCUUCAAAUUCCACUUG